CUUUACAAACAUAUGGCAGGGUGCACUGCAUUAGUCCAGUGGUGCACUGUCAAAUAGUUAAGUCUAAUUCCUCAGAUUUCCUCAGUAAAUUUCUCAUGAGCACUUGUCCUGGAUGCAUUAUUUGACAGGAGUGUUGUCUGACUUAAUAGACCCAGUCUCCUGCUUUCUGAUGUGAAAAGAAUCAGAACCAAAAGAAAUGCAUCUCCCUUUAAGGGAGUACUGUGUGUUUCAGUGGGAUGGUCCAUGUUUGAAACCUGGGUGACGGCAGUCAGACAACUUCCUUCAUCAGAAUAAAAAUAUGUGUUCCCCAAGCGCCUUGGACCAAAUAAAUCAGCUUGAGACACGUUGAAGGGAUUUACUUGCUUUCUGAUUUGGUCACAAGAGGUCUCUUAGCCAGAAUGCGGGACAUGCUGGAGAGGCUGCAGACCAUUAGUAAGGAGACUAACUAUGAGCCAGAGUUUUAUGGGCCGGAGUAUAAUGUGGACAAGGUGACUUUGUCUCAACAGGCAGUGGUGUUUGAGAACUCCUCAACUAUUGACAACAUCCUGAGGGAGGCCCACACCAUACGCAAGGAGAUGUCCUUGCUCCACUUAGAGGUGGAACGUCUGAGAACACAUAAUAAUCGCUUUGGCACCACUGUGCGGCGCCUCACCUUACUCAAAAAGGAUUCUGACUCCAUCGCCAGGGGGAUCCAGCAACGUGGGGAGGCUCUGUAUGUCCGCCUUCAGGCUCUGGGUAAAGAGAGCAGCCAGCUGGAGGAGAAAGAAGGUCCCAACUCUGCUGUUAGUCGCAUUGCCCGAGUUCAGUAUGACACACUGACCCAUGCCUUCCAUUCUGCCAUGAGUGACUACAAUAAGGCAGAGGAGAUGCAGAGGGAUACAUGUCGGCGAAGGAUCCAGAGGCAGGCCUCCAUAAUGGGAACUGAAAUCACUAAUGAGCAGCUGGAUGUGAUGGUGGACAAAGGUGGUGAGGGAUGGGCUGAGCUGUCCCAGAGCCUGCAGACCCCAGGCGCACGCUCGUCCCACUGGGCGAUGAGUGAGAUCAGAGGCAGACACAAGGAGCUGGUGGAGCUGGAGGCCAGGAUGAAGGAUGUCCAUGAGCUGUUCCUGCACAUGGCCAUGCUGGUGGAGGAGCAGGGAUUCAUGCUCAAUAACAUUGAGGCUAAUGUGUGUACCACUCAGGAAUAUGUUGAAAAAAUCAACGUUCACAUCAAGAAGGCCCUACAGUACAAGAGGAAAAAUCCCUUUCAGCAGUGUUGCUCCUGUCUACCCUGUUGGAGACACAACCAAAUGUUUUAGGGUAUAUUUUGACUUUAUGCAAUUUUAUGGAUUAUUGAAAUAAACAUUUACUUGUGUAAAAAGUUAGGCUGAAAAGAAAUGUUGUGAAAUGUGCUUAAUUCAUGGUAAAUCCAACCUUUACAGGCACACUCAUGAGUGCAAAGUGUAAUAGAAACAGUUUUGUCAACACUGUAUUUCUCUAACUGAUGUAUGAGGCUUAAAAAAGGUUUGGGGUUACCAGCUGUCUAAAAUUUGAUUCACUGUUAUUUGGAUGAGAGAAUGAAUCCAAUUGUGGGUGUGUGCACAUCACAUAUUUCGAAAGGAUGUUAUUUUAAUUUAAGUUGAAACAGUUAAGCAGUUAACUGAUGUGCAAAAUAAAUGCUGUUGUACUAAAUUAAAAUCAGUUUGUUGUCCUUGGCAGAACAAAAACUUAGUAAAUUGGGUCAUCAUGGGGAUAAGAAGUAGCUACAUGUGGUUUUCAGGAUUGUGGACGAACUGGAGUCAUGGCAGUGAUGGGUAACGGUAAGGAUGUAAGGAGAGUUGACAAAUUGCAGUUAGUGGUGAUAGAUGAGAUCCAUUUAGAAGAGUUUCACUUCAAGUCUCCUACCGACUUGGGUAACUUCUACUGCUUGACUUCGUGAGCUGACUCCAGAGGUCCCUUUCUCUGUCACUGGUAUUUUGCUUUGCUUCGCGCCCAUGUUUGGUCACAGUGUGUGGCAAUAACAGCUAAGCACUCCGCUGUAUAGCUGAAAUUACAGUGUAGUGACCGCGUCCUGCCGAGUUACAAGCUUGCUGUAACUUGUGCUAUCCGUUAGCACAUGCUAACGUUAUUAGCUGAUGGUCGUAGUUAGACAGCUAACUUUCUAGCGGUAACAAUAAAUAUAGCAGGGGUUCUCGCUAUCAACACGCUGCCAUUAUUUUAUAUCGUAAAGAGAGUUACGGCGGUAAAGUUAGUUUGCGUAAAAGCUUUGUUUUGCCAAGGAGCAUGACAUAAGCAAGUUAUCUCCAGUCUUUCACUCCACAAGUUAUCUGCUAACGCUGCGCUAGCAUCAUAGUUCUACUCUUAAAAUGGGACUAUUGUAACAAUGGUGUGUAAUGCUAGCUAACUUCGUAGUUAUUUGAAGAUUAACCCCAUAAUUAAUAGAAGAAAUAAGUUUGUUGUCUUUGGCAGAACAAAAACUUAGUAAAUUGGGUCAUCAUGGGGAUAAGAAGUAGCUACAUGUGGUUUUCAGGAUUGUGGACGAAUUGGAGUCAUGGCAGUGAUGGGUAACGGGCGAUGCCUUGGACUCAUGGAUACCCAGUCAUCUGCAUCUGCCACAGGAAACACUUCACUGAAAAUAGCUGUAACUCUUCUAAAGUAGUAUUCACAAGUUUGUUGCACAUGGGUCCAAGACGUUCUCUAUAGGUCUUUUGCACUGCAGUGUUCACAAACACAUGAAUGUAAACAUGUGUACACUAGGACAUUCCUACCUGUCUCCUUGCUCCCUUUAUACUCACUACCAAAUAAAUAUGCUGUCACUUGAUAGGUGAUUGAGGCCUAAGCGAGCACUAAUUUGUGAAAUUGAGCUGCUUCUUUGAGCUGUGUGAGGAAGCAGCCACAAAAGGGCCCUGACAACUGAGAAGAGGGAGGGAGAAGAAUGAGGGUUUACAAUGGAAGAUCAACAUCUCUACAUCCCCAAAGCCUCAGAGACUCUUUCCAAUGGGGCUUAAUCUAUUAUUCAGUCGCCUCAGGUACUGGAAAAGUUGUUGCUUUUCAGGCCAACACAUCACUCAGAAUAAUAAAAUGAAAAACCUGACACAAGAGGUGGUGGAAGGGUUUGUGGUUGUGAUUAUUGCUGUUAUUAUUAUUACCAUGGUAAUUUAAAUUGUUGCUGUUAUUUUUUACAUUGUACUUACCUCCUUUUUAAAUGUAUUUUCACAGUUAAACUGUCAAAUGGUCUGCUCUUUUGUGUUUUUGUUUGCAGUAUGCAGGGUGCUAUAUAAAUAAAGUUUAUUAUUGAAUGAAA